AUGGCUCAACUUGAACCCCGCCGCUUCGCCCAAAUCGUCCACCUCAAGCCCUCCGCUGUCGCGGCAUACAAGGAGUGCCACGCCAAUGUCUGGCCUGAGAUCCUUCAAAAGAUCAGAGAUUGCAACAUCAUAGACUACUCGAUCUUCUUUGAUAAUGAUCGGACUCUGUUCGCGAGCUUCAAGUAUAUCGGCACAGACUAUGAAGCCGAUAUGAAGCGUAUGGCUUCAUUGCCGAAAAUGAAAGAGUGGUGGGCUAUGACUGAUGGGAUGCAGGAAAGCCUUAUUCCUGGAGCCUUGGGCAGUGCAGAGGGUCCGGGAUGGUGGAAGCCCUUGGAGGAAGUGUUUCGUACAGAGUAA